AUGGCCCCAACAAAGCUCAAGUUCGACGACCCGGAGGUCAAGAGGCAAGCGCUGGCAGGCCUGACCAAGACCAUCCCCGUGGUCCCCUUCAAGGGCGUCGAGUUCUUUGAUGUCGGCGGCCUGUUGGCCAACCCAGAGAAGCUGCAGUUGACGUUCGAUCUGUUCGAGCACGCUGUGGCGCCUUUCAUGGACCAGGUGGAUGCCAUCGGGUGUUUCGACGCGCGCGGCUUCCUGUUCGCACCAUACCUGGGUGCGCUCUUCCAGAAGCGAGUCUUCAUGUUGCGCAAGCCUGAUAAGAUGCCGAGUGUGAGCGACACUAUCGAGUACUUCAAGGAGUACAAGGGCGACAACGGCGUGGGCGGCGACCACCUCAGCAUCCAGACUUACGCCGUCAACAAGGGCGACCACGUGCUGCUAGUGGAUGAUCUGCUGGCCACAGGUGGCACCUGCGAGGCCGGCAUUCGCCUUGUGCAACAGGCAGGAGCCUCUGUCAAGGCUUGCGUCUUCGUGGUGGAGAUCGGUGUGCUGGACGGCCGUGGCCGCGCCAUCAAGGCCAGCUCGGACGAGAAGACUCAGAUCAUCUCACUGCUCACGGAGAAGGAUUUUUAGACUGGAGUUUAGACU